CGUUAUAUCACUAACGUCUCUUUCCAUUUCUAUAACAUCUCAUUCAAAUCUACAACACAAUUUUUAUACUCAAAAUCAAAUCUCACAAAAUCAUACUAUUCUCUCAUAACAUCAUCGAUCAAUCAACAAAGAUUCUUCGUUUUCUUCAUUCAUUCAUUUUGUAACAAUGGCACUUAGACCCAUUGAUAAUGCUCUUCCAACCAUAACCCAAGAAAGACCCAAAAAACAACCUAAAAUUGUUGUUUCAACUCAAAAACAACAACCUCGUACCUCUUCUAAUGACGAAAAUCAAGUCCCAUCGGAACCGACCAUUGAUUACAUUUCAUCCGACAACCUUAAACCCAUGUCGGAUCCUGAAGCUCAGAUUCAAAAUUUGAUUGGAGAUUUGGAUUCGAAAAAUUGGGUCAAGGUUUGUGAAUCGUUGAAUGAUGUUAGGAGAUUUGCAUUGUACGAUUCUUCUCUUCUAUUACCCAUCUUGGAUAAAAUUUUGUUGGUGGUGGUGAAGUCAAUGAAGAACCCUCGUAGUGCUUUAUGCAAAACCUCUAUUAUGGCUGCUUCUGAUAUUUUCAAUGCUUUUGGUGACAAAUUGUUUGACCCUUCCACUUUUGAGGCAUUUGAUGGCUUGCUAUUGCAGCUGCUUCUGAAAGCUUCUCAGGAUAAAAAGUUUGUGUGCGAAGAAGCUGAGAAGGCACUUGGAUCAAUGGUUGGUUCCAUGACACCUCUUCCAUUGCUUCUAAAACUAAGGGUAUCUGUGAGUCACACCAACCUUAGGAUCAGGGCUAAAGCUGCUGUUUCUCUAUCCAAAUGUGUCUCCAAGAUGGGAAUUGAGGAAAUGGAGGAGUUUGGAAUGGAAAAGUUGAUAGAAGUUGCAGCUGAUUUAGUGAAUGAUAGACUUCCAGAGGCAAGAGAAGCAGCAAGAAGUAUUGCAACUUCAGUGUAUGAGGCAAUCAUUAAGAAUGUGGAAGAAGUGGAAGAGAAGAUGGAAGUGUGGCAAAGCUUCUGCCACUCUAAGCUAACCCCAAUUAAUGCACUUUCAAUCUUGAAGAUCGUUAAACCUUAGAAUUGGAGGAGUGUUUUGUAGGGUUUGCUCAUACUUGAGGCAUGUUUAGAAAUUUAGUUUUAUUUGUGGCAAUGUUCAUGGUUCUACAUAUGAGCAGUCAUUAGCUAAUAUAGAUGCUCAUAUGUGUGUUUAAUUAAUUAUUGUGGACUAUACUAUAGGUGAUCAACCAUGGAGUUUCAAAGGAGUUGAUGGAUGAUACGAUGGAUAUUUUCAAGGAAUUUCAUGCAAUGUCUGAAGUAGAAAAGAUAAGUGAAAGUUCAAAGGAUCCAAAUGGUAGUUAUAAGCUAUAUACAAGUCGUGAGAUUAAUAACAAAGACUGUAUUCAAUAUUGGAGAGACACAUUAACACAUUAAGCCAAAGAUUGCAUACAAGUGGUGAGUUUAUGGAGUUUUGGCCACAAAAGCCUACAAGAUACCGGUAAAAUACACAAACUCCUUAAGGUCUUGGUCAAUUUUUAUAUGAACAAAUAACCACAUAUGUUUAUUUAAUCAAAGUUUGAUUUUGUUUAUUCAAUUAAAAAUUGACCAAGACCUCGAGGAGUUUGUGUAUUUUAUCGUUAUCUUGUAGGUUUUUGUGGCCAAAACUCCAUAAAUUCACCACUUGUAUGAAAUCUUUGUCUUAAUGUGUCUCUCCAAUAUUGAAUGCA